AUGACUUCAACACCACAAGCCAAGCCCUCCACAUACUUACCUCCAGACUACCUGGAACGUGUCUACGCAGGCGUCCUCGGAAAACUGGUGGGAGUUUAUAUGGGACGCCCUUUUGAAGGAUGGACCCAUCAACGCAUCCUCGCAGAGCUAGGCCACAUCCGCUAUUAUGUGCACGACAAGUUCAACGAGCCGCUCGUCGUCGUAGAUGAUGAUAUCUCGGGCACCUUCCAAUUCAUUCGGGCUCUCGAAGAGCAUGGCAUCUCCGAUGGAAUCACCUCUGAAGAUAUUGGUCGGACGUGGCUAAAUACCGUCAUCGAGGAUCGGACCAUCUUCUGGUGGGGAGGACGCGGCGUGUCCACAGAACAUACGGCGUUCUUGAACCUCAAGAACGGGAUACACGCGCCGUCAAGCGGCUCCUGCCAGACAAAUGGGAAAACCGUUUCUGAGCAGAUUGGCGCUCAGAUUUUCAUCGACGGGUGGGGUAUUGUCUCUCCAGGAAAUCCAUUGCAGGCGGCCAAGCUGGCGCAUGCUGCAGGCUCUGUGAGUCACGACGGCGAAUCGGUCUACGCCGCCCAACUGUGGGCUGCGAUGGAAGCUGAAGCGUUUGUGUCGAAAGACAUUGAUCAUCUUUUGGAUACGGGUUUGUCUGUUAUUCCGGGGGAUUCGCUAGUAGCCCAUGUUGUUGGUAGGGUACACGAAUGGGUUAAAGAUGACAGGGACUGGCUCAAGACAAGGCAACGGAUCGAGGACACGUACGGAUAUGACAAGUUCCAUGGUGUUUGCCAUGUUAUCCCCAACCAUGCAAUCAUGAUAAUGACCGUCAUUUACGCGGGCCAUGAUUUUGAUGAAGCUAUGCAUAUCAUCAAUACGUGCGGGUGGGAUACAGACUGUAACUCGGGCAAUGUAGGCUGCUUGGUUGCUAUCAUGCUCGGCCUGACUUGCUUUGAGGGGAAGUAUGACUGGAGAGGACCUCUGGCUGACCGGGUGUUACUGUCCACGGCUGAGGUAGGCUAUUCUAUCAACAAUGCGGCCAGGAUCGCCAUCGAUAUUGUGAACAUGGGUCGGCAGCUUGCUGGACAUAGUCGUCUUCCUCCGCCCAAGGGCGGCGCCCAGUUUCACUUUGGACUGCCGGGAAGUGUCCAGGGCUUUCAGGUCGUUAAUCAGCAUACUCCAGAUGACCGUGGCAGUGUUACCGUACGACAAGACGUUGAUGUGGAGGGAAACGCUGGUCUGGCAAUCCACCUCGAUUCCAUGAAAAGUUUAAUCGAAGUGUCUACGCCUGUCUUUGGGUCACUGGAGGAGUUGACGAAGUCGCUGUAUUCCUUCUCAGCAUCGCCGCUCCUUUACCCUGGUCAAACCAUUUCCGCCAAGUUCUUGAGCAACAUUGAGUCCGGCUCGUCAGCGAAUGUGGGAUUACGAGUGCAAGCAUAUGGCGAAGAUGACAGCAUCAAGAUUCUUGACGGGCCGUCCAUCAGCGCCCUCUCCGGGAGUCUGCAGUCCUUGUCAUGGACAAUCCCAGACGAAACGGACGGCCGGCCACUCCAGAGAGUCGGCCUAUGCAUUCAAUCUACUGACCCUGGUUCUGUCAACGGCACCAUCUGGCUGGACAGCCUGCGAUGGGAUGGAAGUCCGCGCCUGGUCUUACGCCGCCCCUCCACGCAGCCCGGCCAAGCGUGGCACCGCUCGUGGAUUAACAACGUGACCAAGAUGCACCCUGAUAUAUCGUCUCACUCUUUAGUCCUGUCACAAUCUCACGGCGAGGGAAUUGCCAUGUACGGCGCAAGAGGCUGGACCAACUAUCGAAUCUUGGUCCCAAAGCUAAAGGUCAGCAUGGGCACACCUGUCGGCAUGGCUGUCCGUGUGCAAGGAUUGAACCGCUACUAUGCAUUGCUCCUUGUCGAGGAGCGUCGUGUGGCCUUGGUAAAGGCGAAGGACGAGCAAAGGAUAACACUUGCUUCGGCGACAUUUGACUGGAGCGUGGACGGCGAGUAUGACUUUGCGCUUGAGGCUGACGGAACAAGCAUCCGUGGGAGAGUGCAGGGCGUAGAAAUCACCGCUUCUGAUGACCAAUAUUCGGAGGGUGGCAUUGGAUUGGUCGUUACAGAAGGAGCUAUUUGCGUGGAUUCGAUAGAGAUCUCGCCCUUGGGAGACUAG